AUGUCGGUCAAAGAGCCAAGGUCCCUCUUCGACCGGAACCCUCAAAGCCAGCCGUCGCGACCUGCGAGCAUCUUCUCCGCCCAGUCGAUUGAUACCGUCGUGGCGGAUCAAAGCUACCGAGGCUUUCCCUCGGAGCAAGCAUACCUCGACGCGUUAAAGGCAUGGGCGCAAUCGAAAAUGUACUACGAGGCUGAUGAGCAAUUGAGUGGCUUCUACGGCAAAAGCACGGUCGACGAUAUCCUCAGCAAACAAGGAACAAGCAGGGGUACGAAGAAGAGCGUUAGAGAACAGAGGAGGGCGACAGUGGCCCCUCAGCUCGGUACUGUCGCUGAACACAAUGGUAGUGCCGCAGCGCUGUCACGACACAGUUCUGCGAACGCAGCCGUGGAUAAUUCGACUAUGCCACCCGAGAGCAAGGGGAGCAGGUUGAAGCGAGUCUUUGGUCGGCGGAAGACGAUUGUAUAG